AUAUAGAUGAAUGUUUAUAAUAAUUCUUCAUAUUGAUGAAUGCGUUCAUAAUAGUUCUUCAUAUUGAUGAAUGCGUUCAUAAUAGUUCUUCUUAUUGAUGAUUAAGUUCAUCAUUGUUUCUCAUAUUGAUGAAAAUUCAACUAGCUUUAUGAAUUCAAAAUUGCACUAAAAGGUUGUGAAGAUUUUUAACAUAUUAAGUCUAUGUUUUCAGUUUUGUAUUUUAUAUAUAAUUAUUGCACGCUUAAUUUCUUUUUGGAUAACUUGAGUUUUUAACGAUCAGCGUAUUGUGAAACGUCAAAAUCAUUGUCAACUAACUUUGAAGCUGAAAUUUUUGCACUACAUACGUCGGAGGGGAUAUUUUAACUAAUUUUGUAGUUGUAGUAGCCCCUAUAAUGUUAAAGAUAUUUGCAAAAUUUCAAAAUUUUCUAAUCACUUUUACAGUUUUACCGUAUUUUUGAGUAAACCACUUCAAAACUACCUUUAAUUUAUCGAUAUUUUGUAUGGAAAUAUUAAAAAUUAAGUCGCGUCCAGUAAGCAUAAAGAUAGGGACUUGAAACUUUGGGAAUAUUUUUUUUUAUUUAUUGCGAAACUUUUAAACCCGUAUGCGUAUUUAAAUUCAGCCAUUUGCAAUAUAAGGGACACCCUAGUGCCCAUUUAUGAUUCAGUAUAUAUUUGACAUUGUAAGAAAAAAGAUUCUAUAUUGGCGUUUUGAACUUUUUUUUUAUUUUCAGUUCAACAAAUAACAAAAACAACAUAAUCUUUUCUUGUAUCAAACAAAGAAAAUGCAGUGUUUUUUGUGUCGAAUCAGUAUAGAUAACGUCUUUGCAUUAGGCAAACAUCUCAGAAAGAUACAUAAUUUGGCACAAAACAGCACAUUUAUUUGCUAUGUCAAUUCUUGUGCUCAGUGUUUUACAGAUCUUUCAAAUUACAAACGGCAUAUUUUGAGAAUACACUGUCCUACUAAAAACUUUAAAUGCAUGGAAGAAGCAAAUGUAAAUUCAUAUGCUUCGGAUGAAAUUUUACCAGAAUCAUCAAAUAUUAGUUUUGAUACAAGUGGCAAUAAAACUAAUAGUUCUAAUCAAGAGGCAGAAGAAGAAAAUAAAUUUGUACGUAAUGUUUUUGAUGAAGCAUUAAAAUUUUCAACUCUCAUGCAUGGAAGUCAUAAUUUUUCUCGAAAAGAUGUUUACGAAGUUCAGAAAAACGUGAUGACAUAUUUGAUAGACCCUUUGCUAGAUCAGUUCAAAUCGUUUGCACAAGACAAUCUUAAUAAUAACAUUCAGGCUCAGUCCGAUUUGCUGAGCAUGAUUUUUAGCUACCGAAAUCCCUUUAAAUUUUGUGCCACGGACCAUAAUUUAUGCCAAACACUUAAAAGAAUAGGGUGUAUGGAUGACAUUAAGGAGUUUACUAUUAAAAGCGAUAUCCAGCCCAUUUAUGUUCGGUCUGAAUUAGUGUACGGCGAAAAUAUAUGCAAGGGCAGCGUUUUACCCCUAAGGUCACAAUUUCGGAAAUUUUUUGAAAAAGAAAAUAUACUGUUUGAGACAUUGAAAUAUAUGAACUUCCUAUACUCUGAUAAAAAGUACAUAAAUUAUAUUCAAGGGCCCCAUUGGAAAAAGAAACUUGAUAUGUAUCCAGGCAAAACUUUGAUGCCCUAUUUUUUGUACGCUGAUGAUUUCGCUAUAAAUAAUCCACUAGGUGCACACGCAACGACUCAUUCCGUUUGUAAUUUUUAUUACUCAUUUCCUUGCUUCCCAAAGCGAAGUUCUAAACUAGAGAGUAUUUUUUUAGCAGCUGUAAUAAAAUCCAAAGAUUUGAAAAAUAUUGGCAACGAGGACUGUUUACAUUAUCUAAUCGAAGAGUUGAUAUCUCUUGAAGAGACUGGAGUAGAAAUUUUAGCUGGCAAUGGAGAAAUGCAUCGCGUUCAUUUUAUAAUGGCUCUUUUUCUCGGGGACAACCUGGGAGUAAACUCUCUUCUUGACUUUUCGAAAUCAUUUUCUAGCACUUCAUUUUGUAGGUUUUGUAAAUUGAACCGAGAAAAUUGCAAUAAGCUGAGUGUUGAAUUACCGGAGCAUAUCCGAACCGUCGCAAACUACGAUUAUGAUGUAUCUCUGUGUGAUCCUAAAAACACUGGUAUCACAAAAGAAAGCCCCUUUAACAAAAUACCGUCUUUCCAUGUAGUUGAAAACUUUUGUGUAGAUGCAAUGCAUGACUUGUGUGAAGGUAUAUUCCAUUAUGACCUUUGUCACAUAAUAUUAUAUCUGAUUCAGGAAAUGCAGUAUUUGACAUUGGAAAUGCUUAAUAAAAGAAAACAAACCUUUGACUAUGGGCCAACGGAGAUUGGAAAUUUUUCAACCGAACUAACAAUGAACCACUUAAAAAAUAAACACUUGAAAAUGACAGCACGUGAAAUGCUUACUUUCACUAUGUAUUUACCCCUUAUGAUCGGUGAUUUGAUUCCCUCUGAUGAUGAAGUUUGGCUUUUUUUUCUUGAAUUAAUUGACAUCACGGAUUUAAUUUUGUCCUUUGAAGUUACGGAGUUAGUCACCUCAAGUUUGCAAUCGAAAAUAAAACAUCAUAAUGAGCAAUAUGUUAAGUUGUUCCUUGAUAAUUUAAAACCAAAAUUCCAUUUUUUGACACACUAUCCUACUAUAAUGCAAAAAUCAGGACCGGCAAGAAAUUUUUGGUGUUUUAAGUUUGAAGCCAAGCACAGGCCUUUCAAAGUAUAUGCCCAUGGAAUAACGUCAAGAAAAAAUAUAUGUCUCACUCUGUCCAAAAAAUUUCAGCUUCAGUUUGCAAAUCUGAUUCUUCAUUCGAACAGCAAUAUGAGUGAAUUUCACUUAGAGGAAAAACAUAAAUGCGAUACUGUAUUUGCAAACAUUGUUCAAGAAAAAUUAAACUUAAAAGAAGGUAAUAAGUUAGCAUUUUAUGAUGAAAUAGACUACAUUGGAAAAAAAUACAAAACUGGAUUUUAUGUGGGUACCUGUUCGGAUGAUUAUAACAUAUACAUUAUUAAGAUUAUAGUUCAAGCUGAAGCCAGUAUAUUAAUGUUUUGUCAAAAACUAUUGAACAUUUCUUUCAAUUCACACUUCAGAGCUCAUGAGGUUGAUCAAAUAAUUUUUGGUGAAUUUGAAAUCCUUACAUUUGACAAAAUUAUAGGGCCGCCAGUUAGUUUGACGAAAACAUCGAAAGGAAAAUAUCUUAUUAGGCUUAAGGAACAUUUUCAACAGUAGCGAAGACAAAUUAUAUUUAUA